UCCCUCCAACAGGGGACCGAGCAGAGAAAAUCUGGAGGAAAGAAAGAAGAAAUCCAGAGAUGCGGCACCAGCCUGCUUCUCCCCACUUCCGUCCGUGGGUCCAUUUCAGCUCUGAUCGCCGUCAAAACCAACACUUAAAUGCUUAGCAACGGCCACAAACGAGUCUACGUGUUACAAUGAGAAGCAUCGGUCCGUGGGAGGAAUGAAAAAACAAGCCCAGACACAGAAGAGAGAAGAAGACUCGGUCUCGAUGAGACACUUUGACGAACAAGAGGAUUAAAACCGAUCAACACACUCACCACACGUCCCUCUGCUAAACAUUCACCUGGAAGCUUCAUGUCUGUCCGAGUUUCAGCCAUGAGUGUUCUUCCUCCUGUUCGAAGGGACCGCAUCAUCGCUCAGCUCCCUCAGUAUUUUAGGAAAGAUGCAGCUCUCCACAUUAAGGAGGAUUUCAACAACAAAGUGAAGACUGCGUGUCAGGAGCAGCGUACCGGCACUGUGGGCAGAUUUAAAAUCUCUAAAGUCAUUGUCGUGGGCGACCUGGCUGUGGGGAAAACCUGUCUGAUUAAUAGGUUUUGCAAAGAUGCUUUUGAUAAAAACUACAAGGCAACGAUCGGCGUUGACUUUGAGAUGGAGCGCUUCGAGGUGCUGGGCGUUCCUUUCAGCCUACAGCUCUGGGACACUGCAGGCCAGGAGAGAUUCAAGUGCAUUGCUUCAACGUACUACAGAGGAGCCCAGGUUGUGAUUAUCGCAUUCGAUGUAAAUGACGUUGCAUCUUUGGGCCAUGUGAGACAGUGGCUCGAGGACUCCCUGAAAGAGAACGACCCCACCGCCGUUCAGCUGUUCCUCGUGGGCACAAAGAAAGACCUGAGCUCUCCUGCUCAGUAUUCUCAGAUCGAACAAGAUGCUCUCAAACUAGCACAGGAGAUCCGAGCCGAGUAUUGGGCUGUGUCGUCACUCACAGGGGAAAACGUCAAAGAGUUUUUCUUUCGAGUUGCAUCGUUGGCAUUUGAGACAAACGUUCUUGCGGAGUUGGAGAAAAGUGGAUCGAGGCAAAUUGGGGGCAUCGUCAGAAUUAACAGCACGUCAAACAAUGUGCACGCUUCAUCGAAGAAGAAGCAGCCAAACUGCUGCCAGUAAGGAUGGAAGCAGGGCUUCAAAGUCAAAAGUAAAGACUGAAUUGAAGAAAAAGACUGAAGGGAGGUCUGUGGUCGAACUUCCAGACAUGUGUGCGUUUAGUUUUUCCUGGCUUAGAAGGAGUUUUCCUCUGUGGGAUGUGGAUUCUUGUGGCAUUGCUCAGUUUAACUUUUCUGGAGUUACAGAGUGACACAUCGAUUCCACAAAAAUGAAAGAAGAUAGAGAGAUGCCAAAAAAUGAAUGUGGAUGUGUUUUAAUGAGUUGUACAGUAUGUGUGGGAGCUUAAACAGUCUUGCUGCUGUAGUUUUGCUGUAGUGUGAAGAAAAAUCUUCACGCUAAUACUGUUUUAAAUGUUUUUACUUGGUACUUAAUCUGCUUUUCAUAAUAUUGUAGCUUAGAUAUUCUCAACUUUUCUGUAAAAAGUGGGAUUGCAAAUCACAA